AUGCCCAAUAAAUGUGCGAUGUGCUGUAUCUCCUGUAGCCGCCUCUCACUACUGCUGUGCGUCCUCAGCCUGACUCCGGACGGGAACCAGGGCGGGUCCGGAGACCCUGUGCGGGCGGAGCUGGUCGACAAGCUGCAGUUGUGUCGGGAGAGAGGCUUCUAUUUCACUAAACCAGGCUAUGGCCCCAACGCGCGGCGGUCCCGCGGCAUCGUGGACGAGUGCUGCUUCCAGAGCUGUGAGCUGCGGCGCCUGGAGAUGUACUGCGCGCCUCCCAAGACCAGCAAGGCCGCCAGGUCCGUCCGCGCACAGCGCCACACGGACCGGGCGCCGAAGAGACCUUUACCUGCACAUAGUCAUUCAUCCUUCAAGAUUGUAUAG